CUACGUUACUUAUUUCCUGCCCACAAUUUCUCCCCAUGCAAAGCACAUGUUAUUACUAAUUUAAUCUGGCACCCAUCAAUCCAAACACCAUUUCAAUAUCUCCACCAAUGCCAAUAAUUUUCAAUCCAAGGAAAUGGACAUCAUCAGAGUAAUCCAAAAGAUAGCAGGGCUGCUCUUUGGGAGCAUAUUCAGAGGCCUGAGAAGGUUGGUGUUUCAUGUUCUAUCCGCGGGAGUCGUUCCCGAACACGUGGCGUUCAUUCUCGACGGGAACCGAAGGUUCGCCAAGAAGAAGAAACUCCCAAAUGAAACGGGGUACAGGGCCGGAUUUCUAGCCCUAAUGUGCAUGCUCAAGUACUGCCACGAACUGGGAGUGAGACGCGUGACCCUGUUCAUCUUCAGCAUCGACAAUUUCAACAGAGAUCCCAGGGAAGUCCGGUUCCUAAUGGACUUGAUGUUGGGCAAGGUCGAAGCGAUGCUCAAGUACGAGAAUGUCUUGAACAAGUACGGAGUUCGGGUAGUGUUCCUCGGGAACCUUAGCUUACUCGAGGAACCGCUCCGGGCCGCUGCAGAGAGAGCGAUGGAUGCCACGGGUUCGAAUUCGGGCAUGGUCCUCUUUGUCUGCGUGGCCUAUGCGUCUUCGGACGAGAUGGUUCGGGCAGCUCGGGCAUGUUGCCUGGAGAAGAGACAAGAGUUGGAGAGCUCCAAGGAUGAGCGUGCUGGGGAUGUGACGGUGGCGGACAUAGAGAGGAAUAUGAUGUGGACGGAGUUGGGGCGGGAGCCGGAUAUUAUAGUCCGGACUGCGGGGGCGAACAGGCUAAGUAAUUUUCUCAUGUGGCAAACGGGUAACACCAUGUUGUAUACUACGAGAGCUUUGUUUCCGGAGAUUGGGCUUCGACACUUGGUGUGGGCUGUCUUGAAAUUCCAAAGAGCUCAACCUUUUUUGCACAAGAUCAGAGUCCCUUCAGCUAUGAUGACCUAAGGGCACAAUAAUUUAAAUGGGCCUUUUUAUAAUGGUGGUGAACAAGUGCUUAUUAUAUUGAUAUUUUUUAUUUUGCA